AUGGGUCGUCUUCAGGAAUACGAGGUCAUUGGCCGCCAUCUGCCCACCGAGGCCAACCCUACCCCGGCCAUGUACCGCAUGACCAUCUUCGCCCCCAACACCACCGUCGCCAAGUCCCGUUUCUGGUACUUCCUGCGCGGUCUCCGCAAGGUGAAGAAGGCGACGGGCGAGAUUGUCUCCGUCAAGGCCAUUGCCGAGAAGCACCCCCAGAAGGUCAAGAACUUUGGCAUCUGGAUCCGCUACGACUCACGCUCCGGCACCCACAACAUGUACAAGGAGUACCGCGAGAUGAGCCGCACCGACGCCGUCGAGGCUCUGUACUCUGACAUGGCCGCCCGCCACCGCGCCCGCUUCAGGUCCAUCCACAUUCUCCGUGUCGUCGAGAUCGAGAAGGCCGACGAUGUCAAGCGCCCUUACAUCAAGCAGCUCCUCCAGAAGGGCAUCAGCUUCCCUCUCCCCCACCGUGUCUCCAAGAUUGCUGGCACCAAGAUUUUCAGCGCGAGCCGACCUUCCACUUUUGCUUAG